UGGUAGCAGUUGCCUUGGAAGCCACUUCCCCGAGUUCAGCUUCUGAACAGUCUGGGAAGGCUGCCCGUCCCCCAGGGGACCGGUGCAUUAAUCACGCUCUUUUCCAGGGUCCUCACCCCUCGAGGAAUAUAAACGGAACUAAGCCACGCCGAGGCCCCCGACUCUUCCUCCCCGCCCCACGCCAGCCCGGGACCCAGCGCCUCUGGGAAGGGGAGAGCCUAGGCAGGCAAUCCAGCUGCGGCCUCGACGGGGAAACAAAGAGAGAUUUUUGUGACGGGUCUCGGCUGUGACCCAUGGCCUGCCCACGCCCUGGGGUCCAGAGGCCCGGGGGGCCCAGGCUUCCGCGAGCAGGGCUCCGGGGCUUACGGGGAACAGGUGGGGCUUCCAUCUCCGUUACCUGGUACAGGAAGCACAUCAGCCAAGGGCAAGCUUCUAUUUUCUUUCUCGCAGAGGAACAGCCUGUGUUGAGGAAAGGGUCAGCAAGCCUCCCCCUCUACAUCAACCGCCCGAGAGCAGGCCUCACAAAGAUUUCCAGGAGCCUUUGGUGACACUCCCCCGUCCCGAGGGAAAAGAUGAAGGCCUUGACUGAACACAAGGUCUCCCUCCGAUGGCGGGUUGCCAGUUCCUCCACCUCAGAUAAGGCAGAGGUUAGAGUGUUCUUCUGGAAUCUGAAAACUCACCGUGCACAGGCGUCCCUGACUCCAGCCUCUGCCUUCUCCACGCCCCUUCAGCAGCCGGGCAAAAUGAGGUCCAGGAGCCCCCUGCCAGGGAUCCCGGGAGGGCUCCCCUCUCAGCCUACGGCAACAAACGGGUGGAUCCGGAGCCUGCCUGAGGAAAAGGAGGUCCUCUCCCAUGCCUGCCUCUGAGUCCCUGAGCAGAUGCCCCAUGUGCCAAAUGACAGAAGACAGCAGAGUGGGCCCUGAGCACUGGCAGGGAGUCUCCUCACAUCCCUGGCUGCUACACCCCGCAGGAAGCCCCUGGGCCAUCCUGCCGCCUCAGCCCUGCAGUGGACCCUAGGCUGAGUGCCCCAGCGGGCCCCUGGCGCAGCAGCAGCUCACGUUGCAACCUCAUGAAUAACUCAGGACCUCCGCGCUGCCUGCGCCGCCCAGGAACCCGUGCCCCCUGGGCCAACCUCCUCCACUGCUUUAAACUUUAAUACGCCAAGGCCCGGUGGCAGCCGAGCAGGCUCCAGGCAGCCAGGGCAGGAUGUCCUGGGCAGGGGGGCUCAGGCUAAGCUCUCCUGAGAGGAAGCUAAGCGGGGCCGACCCCGUGGGGCAGGCCCGGCUCUCCAGAAUUCGGACAGCCAAGGCAGGAUGUGAUCAGACCAGAGUCCCAGGAGUGGCCCCCAGAUUCAGGGGCCUUCAAAGGAGGAAGAGCAGGCUGCGGUGACCUGGCACGGAUCCCAGGUCUAGGUGCCGCUGGGGCCUUCAGGAGCAUGGUGGGAUAGGGUUACCAGCCCCAGACCUUCCUGGCCAGAAAUUCCCACUCUGAAGGCAGAGCUCCAAAAAAGACACAUCCAGGAGGACUGGGACCUCCAGGGCUUUCCUAGGGACAGGCCCCACUGGCUGCAGACAGUACCCUGGGCAGGCCUACAUGGACAUUCCCAUCAGCAGCCGAGACUUCCGCUGCCUGCAGCUGGCCUGUGUGGCCCUCGGCCUGGUGGCCGGCAGCAUCAUCAUCGGUGUGUCUGUGUCCAAAGCUGCAGCUGCCGCGGGUGGCAUCUUUAUUGGCGCGGCCGGUCUGGGGCUCCUCAUCUUGGCCUACCCCUUCCUAAAGGCUCGGUUCAACCUGGACCACAUCCUGCCCACCAUAGGGAGCCUGAGAAUCCACCCCCACCCAGGGCCAGACCAUGCGGAGGGAAGAUCCAGUGUCAAUGGCAAUAAAGAGGGAGCCCGCAGCAGCCUGUCCACGGUGAGCAGAACACUGGAGAAGCUGAAGCCGGGGGGCCGGGGGGCCGGGGAGGGCUGAGGCCGGGGCCAAGGAGCUGCACCCUCCUCCCCACCGCCCUGCUCCCACAGCCCUCCUGGGUCCAGACCAGAGGCGAGCCGGCCCCCGAGGUACCAGCCCUGCAGUCACCUGAGCAAAGCUCUUGCAGAUGGAUUCCCCGGGCAGCGCAGGGCAGGGCCUGAAGCCAGGUGCCGCUGGGGGCCCACGGGUGACCCUUGGGUCAAGCUUUUGACCCGGGUUUUCCCUCUGGACUGCAGCUCAGCGUCCUUCCCUUUCUGAUCCACUGACUGGUUGCUCUGGAAUUUGGGGCCAGAGAGACCUCAGUCUCUUGUUCCAGGCGGGCCACAGAAGCGAACCACAGGCCCACAGGAACCACAGAGGGGAUGCCCCUCAGCCCUGAGGGCCUGGCCCUGGGCCUCUAGAGCUCAGUGGCUACACAGAGGGGCUGGACCAGAGUCUUUCAGGUUCUCAGAAACUCUGGGCAACUCCUCAGGAACGGGCUCUUGGCAGCAAUGAACCAGACAGCAGCCGGUCUGGGACAAACAAAAUGGUCACUGCCAUGACACGGAGGCCAGGCUUUUUGUGACCUGACUCCAGACAAGAUCUCUGGCCUCGCCGCUUGUGCCCAGCCUCUCACUGCUCCUGGACAAUUUCUGACAUUCCAGCCUCCAAGCCCUGGAUUGUGUCAUCCUAGAGGCCUCCUAGUCCUAUCUGCCUAUCAAAAGCCCCCACCUUGAAAGGCCCAGUUCCAAGGAUCUCCGUAACACAACACCCUCCUUGUCCUCUCCCUGUGCCUCUGCCUCCCUCUCUCCACAGUGUCUAGCAGGCUGAGGGCUUCUUUCUCACAAAACGUUUAUUAAUCCUACUGAAACCUACCAUAUGUUGCCCUUUUCUGAUCACCAUCAGGGCAUACAGUAGGUGCUCAAUAAAUGUUAGUGGCUUAAAUUUAAUGGAAAACCAAUUCCCCAGUCUUUCCCUGGAGGGCCACGUCAGAGCCCCCAUGUACCCACAGGGUUAGAGGCAAGGAGGCCCUGGCCCAGGCAUGUGUGCUGUGAAGCAAACAUUGCUACACCCUCCACGCCUCUCCUUACUCACCUACGUCCUCAAGGUGGAGCAGGUGUUUGACUGCCACAGAGUCACCAUGUGGCCUCUGUCCUGGUUUGUGAGAAGAGGACAAGCUAGGAAGAGUCUCAUUGCUCAGAGAUCAGUGAAGAUGACACCUCCUCUGGGAAGCCUCCCCUGACUUCACUGUGCUCCCACAGCCCCAGGGCUUCCCUCCGUCACAGCCCACAUCACUCUGAGUGGUCCUUGUCUACUCCUUCCUCUCGAGAGCAGGGGCCAGAGGACCAGGCACACAGGUACCCAGUGGAUGUCGCAACACCAAACCCGAGGGAGAGACCACCUCAGUGUACAGAUGGUAAAGCUGAGACCCUCCAGAGAAAGGGACUCAUGGAGUCCUGUGGGGAGAUCUGACCUGCUAGUUUGGGGAGUUAAGGAAGGCUUCCUGAGGGAAGUGACGUCCCGGCUGCACCCUGAAGGUUGAGCUGGAGUUAGCCCCGUGAAGGGAAUCACCUGCGGUUCAGAGGACACUCUGAAGUGGAGGGUGCUUGGUGCAGGCAGCCCCGUGGAAGUCACAGCCCUGUUGACCCAUCUGGAGGACUGACCAGGCUGGGGCUGGAGUCUGGGGAUGACUCACAUCCUGCCUCUGCUUCCCCCACAAUCUGGGAGCAGGGGGUGCUGGGCAAGAGGCUGUAGGGCCUUGCACCUCAGUUUCCUCAUCUGCAGACAGAGGACGAGUGGCGCCCUAGCGCCCUGCUUUCCAGGGCCACUGUCAGGAGGAAGGUUCCUAGCACACGGUUCCGGUCAGGAAGGGUUUAGGAAUGGAGGAGCAGAUGAAUGAAGGCAGAAGCUGGAGGAGAUGCUCUUGCAGCUGAACCCCUCCAGGUUCUGGAAAUCAGCACCUCGGUCUCCCACCCAGUGCUCCCUCCCCACCCCUCACCCCCAACGGGCCCUUAGAGAUCCCCCAGGGAGCCAGUAUGGCCUCCUCCUGUAAGGGGCUGGUGGCCACACCCCGUUGUGGGGUGCGGGGUUGUGGGCGGGAACUGGGGAAGGGGGGCUGAGAGCAAGCCCCCUCCCCAGGAAGCCUCCCGCGCAGCUGCACCCGCCCGCUCCGGG